AUGCAGGCCGAUGAGCCCUUGAAAUUCAGUCAACUGAGCCAGAACCACAUCAAGACGCUGAAGGAUGCCUUCGAAAUGCUGGAUGACGAUGGCGAUAGCCGGAUAUCCGAGAGGGACCUGCGAACCGUAUUCGGAAGUGUAGGGCAAAAAGUCACCGACGAGCAGCUUCAUGAGAUGCUGCAGGUCGGAAGCACGCAGCAGCCGAACGAGGGUAUUGCAUUUUCUGAGUUUUUGUCCCUUAUGAGCAGAACGGCGGGAUCGUUCUCCGAAGACUCUGAGAUACGGGAUUGUCUCAGGACUCUGACCGAUGAUCAGGAUCUGCGAGUGCCAUUAGAUGAUCUGGUCGUCCGACUGAAGGAAGCAGGCUUCCAGGACCCGGAGGGUGAGUUCGCGGGAAUCUUUAAGGACUUCUCCGCCGUGUCCCAAGUCAGCGGCCGCAAGACGUUCAAGGGUACGCAGUUUCUGAACACGAUCUCGGAAUAA